UAAUAGGGACUGUUCCUUUAAGACGGUCGAUUAUCGAGCUAGAACAACUCCCAUUCUCACAUGAAGGUAGAAGGCUGGAUAUAUGUAUACGAGUUCAUCCAUCCGUCCAUAUUCAUCUACCUUGAAAACGUAUAGCUAAAAUUCCCCAGAAAAGCUAUUCAAAAUGUGCACCCAGUUCUACCGCACAUAUUCAUGCGGCUGCAAAAAGCCUGAGCUGUUCAAACAGUGCGACGAGCGGUCCGGCACAAACGUCAAAUGUCACCCGCUCAAGUCAGAGGCUCUGCCAGAGUCGGACCAUUUGUGCUCGCAGCAUAUGGUGAAGCCUGGGGCUGUUGAAAUGCGUCGGCGCGAGUAGAUUGGGGGUUGAAGCUGAAGAUGGUUUGUCUUUACCAAGAGGCGGACAUGGUUAUCAUUAUCCAAUCAGUCUGUCACGAUGAUUUGAAUCCAUUUGGCUUCUACUCAAGCAUCAUUAUAUCGUCUCGGUUUAUACUUCUGUCUCUCUGCUCCGAAUCUGCCGCCUGUUCUAUGUAAAGAGAAACCUUGAGAGAAAGCAAACCCUGUUUUCACGGGGUAGAUAGAAGAUCUUUGGAUGUGCAACCUAGAUAAAGACCUGGGC